AUGACGGAACUGAUGGAGAAUCAACUCGUGUUGCAACGCUCGAUUGAGCGAGCGCUCGACAAUUUUAAGAAGCUUGGGCGAGCGAACUAUACGGUGGCGAAGAUCCGAUCGAGAAUCUCAUCCCUCAAGGAGCUCUGGGCUCCCUAUCAAGGAAAUCACGCCAGGCUGUCGGCUUCCACCCCCGCCUCGACCAGAACUACGUUGGACUACUUCGUCAAGGAGCAGUUCGAGAAAACCGAGGAAAUCUACAACGCCGCACUGGACUACAUGAGCGAAUGUCUUGCAGAAAUUGAGCCUCCUGUGAGUCCGCACCAAUCUCUUGACUUCGGGCAUUCGAGUCAACUCGCGUCCGCGACUUCGCUCUCUCACCUUCUGCCCAUUCGCUUACCGCCUUUCGACGGAAAUUAUUCGGAAUGGGAGACAUUUCGCGAUCGAUUCGUUGCGCUAAUCGUUGAUAAUACUGAUCUGAGCAAUUUCGCGCGGAUGCAUUAUCUCUCGUCGUCGUUGAAAGGCCGCGCGCUCGAGGCCAUCGCGAACAUUGCGAUUACUGCGGAUAAUUUUCAGAUCGCGUGGAACACCUUAAAGGCUCGUUUCGAAAAUAAACGACGUCUCCUCACUAAUCAUCUGUCCACGUUGCUCGGCCUGUCGGCACUCAGUCGCGAAUCUGCUUCCGACUUACAGACGUUGCACGAUAAAAUAAAUAUCGCAGUCUCAUCAUUAAGAAAAUUGAAUCGAUCUCCGGAAGAUCUAUGGAACGACUUUCUCGUUCACCUUUUGACUCAAAAAUUAGAUGCUGCGACACGUAAAGCGUGGAAUCUCCAAACGAGCAAUGUUGAUUUGCCGCCGGCGUUCGCAGAUCUCAAAAAAUUUGUAACCUCUCGUAUUCGCGCGCUUGAGGAGUGCUCGCCGACCUCCUCUCAUAAACCUGCGUCGAAAUCUGCGAAUUCAUCGCAUGUCAAUGUCGCCACGGCUUCCGCGAAUUCUCCGUCGGCUUGUCCGCUUUGCAAAGUGCGUCAUUAUUUGAAUCUGUGCCCAGAAUUCGUCGCGAAGAAUCCGCAGCAGCGACAAGGAAUCGUUAAACGUUUCAAACGUUGCUUCAAUUGCAUGAGUAGCAAUCACUCGGUACGGGAUUGUAAAAGUAAGUACGCGUGCCGCUCGUGCAAUCAGAGGCAUCAUUCAAUGCUUCACGUUGAUGCGGAGACAAGCUCUGAUUCAACGACGAUAACGCCAUCAGCGUCGCAAGCGUCCCCAUCAAGCACACCGAAGGUCGAGGUACUUUCGCUAUUUGCCGCCGCGCAACAUAGUCGUAAUUCACAAGUUCUUUUAGCCACUGCAUGGGUUAGGGUGAAAGUUUCCUCCGGUCGCGUAGCGACGGUAAGAGCCCUGCUCGACCAAGGCUCUCAAGCCACGUUCAUAUCAGGGCAUUUAGCUCAAUCUUUGUACGCAAAUCGCAUUCGGAUGUCGAUCUCAAUUUCGGCCGUCGGCAGCACUCACGUAGGUAAAGUACGCCACGCGGCGUCAAUCAUAAUCGCUCCGCGCGAUUCAGACAAUUCAUCUCUGUGUACCACUGCGUAUAUUCUCGAUUCCUUGACGGCAUACGCGCCUCGAUGCGAUGCCGAUUCAUCAUGCCUCGCACAUCUCUCCGAUUUAGCCUGGGCAGACACGAACCCGAGCAGUUCCGAUCCAAUUCACAUUUUGAUUGGCGCGGAUAUCUAUAACGAUAUUAUUCAAGGGGGCGUCCGAAAGGGUGAAGCUGGACAGCCUAUCGCGCAAGAAACGAUAUUUGGAUGGGUCAUUUCCGGGCCGCUAGUGUCGGAUGCUAAUUCGCCGGCGGGACGAUCCUCCGUUAAUAUUACCGUACUUCAUUGCACAAGUUUAAGGCCUCUCGCCGAGGAAAUUCAACGUUUUUGGGAGGUAGAGGAGAUCUCUCACACCCGCAAACUCACGCCGCAAGAUGAGCAGU